GUUGACAGACAAAGAGCAAUUUAAUGGCUCAGCUACCCCAGCCAGGCAGCCACCCUAUUUAAUGGCUCAGCUACCCGACCGAUACAUAGAGAUAUUAUACAGAGCUGGCUUACAGGGACUGCUACCCGAUUGACAGAUAACAUACAGAGAACAAUUUUAUGGCUCACGGGACCGCUACCCGAUUGAUAAAUAGAGAUAAUAUACAGAGAACAGAGAAGAGCAGCUGUGUGUAUAAGCGAGAUGGAUGCAGAUGCAGAUGCAGUGGCGAGGGCGUUUGUGGAUCACUACUACUUUACAUUCGAUAAUCGUUCGAAUCUGGGGAGUUUGUAUAAGGAAGCUUCGAGGUUGACUUUUGAAGGUGAGGAGAUUCAAGGCUCCGUCAAUAUCGUUGCUAAGCUUACUUCUCUCCCGCAGAAGUUUAAACAUAGAAUCGGUACUAUUGAUGGCCAGUCUUCUGGUCCUGCUGGUGGUAUCCUUGUUUCUGUCGAUGGGAGUGUGGAGAUCGAAGAGUAUGCUCCUAGUAGGUUUAGUCAGGUGUUCCUUUUGAUGCCUACUGCAGCAGAGGGAAGCUAUUAUGUGUUGAAUGACAUAUACCGGUCGAUACAUGGUUGAAGCUAGCUGGACAAGAUUUCAGAGAGUGGACUCGUAUUCAGUUUAAUAUUUGUGAUCAGAUUCUGUUUUAUUACGUACUCUAAUAACUAAAAAACUGAGAACUGGUGAAGAUUUCAGUUUUUUUUCGUGAUGAUUAUUGUGGUUGUACUCUCCUGAGUUGUCUUCAUACACUCCAGAGAUUUUUAUCCUUUUGAUUCAAUGAUUUGUGGUUUAUCCCUGUAAUGUCAUAUAUGGAAAAUAGUGAUAUAAUAUGCAAAUUCAGUAGA